AUGAUUUCUCAACCACCAAGCCAAACCUGCACAACCACAUCACCCGUAGCCUCUUCUUCAAAAUACAACCAUCCUAUGACCAUAGAACCUUCUUCAAACACUCCAUCAUCUUCAUCGGGACAAUGGAACCCUGCAGAUAUGAGCGAUAUUCCAUUUGCUGCGACUUUGUAUCCUACCGAAGAGGAGUUUUUAAAGCCCAUUGAAUAUGUUGAAUCAAUCAGACACAUUGGAGAAAAGUACGGUAUUGUAAAGAUUGUACCUCCAGAGAAAUACAAGCUAGAGCCAGCAGAAGACUUUUCUGAUCUAGAAGUUAGUGCGAGUGCAUUUAAAUUCAUAUGCAAAAUUCAAAAUAUUAAUCAACUACAAUUUAGAAAUUUAGAACAAAAACGAAAAUUUGAAAAGAUGGUUAGAAAUGGAGAGUUUCCUUCAAAUAAUGAUAACAACAUCAUCCAACCAGUUGAAGAAACUUCAAAAGAUAUUCUGGUAUCUGACGAUGCCACUCAAAACUUGAAACGAAAAAUCGAAGAACUCUUUCCAAACACCGAAACUCCUGAAAAGAGGCUUAAGAAUAGCCCCACAUCACACAUAAAGACUGAAUCAGAAUCAGUAACACAAGCCUCUUCAAGCACUACCGAAACUGGAAACACCUCAGCUAAAGACGACUUGUUUGGAUUUGAAAGAACAAAGAAGCCAAUUUCAUUGAAAAAGUAUAAGGAAAUGGCAGAUAAAUUCUUUAGAGAUUAUUUCACGGAAAGAAUUCAGAGGGGUACAACUGUAACCUUACCACAGAAAGAAAAAAAGAAGCUUGCUAAAAAUGGAGGGUUUAAGAAAGUGGAAGGAGUAAACUAUUUCGAAGAUAUCAAUCACAUCACAGCAGAUGAUAUCGAACGUGAAUAUUGGAGAAUAGUCCAUAAUCCCGAAGAACAAAUUCAAGUACAGUACGGAAAUGAUUUACCAGUGUCUGAGCACAAGUCAUUCUUUCCACCAAGUUGGAAAUGUGGCUGGGAUGCUAACUUGCUGCCCAAGCUUCCUGACUCAUUGCUUUCUUUCCUUAAUAUUGAUAUUCCUGGUGUGAACAUUCCAAUGCUUUAUAUAGGCAUGUUAUUCAGCUCGUUUUGUUGGCACGUGGAGGAUCACUUUAUGUAUGCUCUCAAUUUCAUACAUCAUGGUGCAGGCAAACAAUGGUAUGGCAUUCCUGCGUGUGGGGCCGAUAAGUUCGAGCAAGUCUUUCGCAAACUGUUUCCUCACUUGAUUGAUGGCCAACCAGCCAUUCUCCACAUGCUUGUGACACAAAUCUCACCAACCAUUCUCGCAAGAGAGGGUGUACCUGUCUACAAACUUCACCACGAACCUGGUACCAUCGUGGUAACAUUUCCACGGGCUUAUCAUGCUGGAUUCAAUCAAGGAUUCAACAUUGCAGAAUCUGUAAACUUUACAUCAUACUCAUGGCUCCAAUAUAACAGAUUGGCCAUGUCCAAGUACUAUGAGUGCAAACGACAAACUACAUUCCCAUCAGAGCAAUUAAUAAUUUCUGCCGCUACAUCCAUUCUUUCAGGAAAGAGACAAAAGGGCUCAUCUAAAUUCUUUGAUACAACUUGUAAAUUCAUGAAGGAAGAGCUGGAACAUAUUUUCAACAACGAGAAAGAGUUUAGAACGGAGCUACUCCAACUUAUUUCUGAAAAAGAAGCACGCCAAAUGCCAUGCAUUUCGAACCGAAAUAUUGAAAAGUUGAGGACAUGCUCCCAGAAGGACAAUAAUAUUCGAUGCUGUGAAUGCAACUCUGAUUGCUAUAUUAGCGCUGUAACGAUGAAGGAAAAGAAGAAGGAGAAUCAUUAUUGUUUGCGUUGUGCUAUCAAACGAGCCAUGCAAGAUAAGACAUUUGCAGCUAAGUGUUACAUUAUUGAAAGAUUGAGUGUUGAAGGCUUGGCUCAGCUUCAUGAAAAAUUUGAAAAAUUGGUGCAAUCACUCUCGAUAUCAAGCGAAAAGUAG